UUCUUUGUAAGAUGGUGGAUUUUCAGAGCGGACAUUGAAAGCAGCAGCAGCUCCUCCCUCUCUGCAGGUGUGCUCUACACCUCCAACAACUUUCUUGUCCGACUAGUUUAGAUCUGAGCCGGUGUUGCGUUCGGGGCCGAGAAGCCACCUGUCUGACGUGUACCUGUGUGUGUGCGCAGGAAAAGGCUCCUCAGGAUGGUGCGCCUCGCAGUUUUCCUACACCUGAUGUUGACAGGAUCCCAGCUGGCAGGAGCCUUAGUCUUUGAGAUCCACAUCAAAGUCCUGCAAGGACGGACCGUCACUCUGCCAUGCCGAGCUCCCAACAGGGUAGACCCGAUUAAAUACUUGGAGUGGAGCAGAACGGACCAGAAAAUGGCGUAUAUCUUCUUCUAUCGAGAUCAACAUGUUUAUUCAGACUUCCAGGAUCGGGAUUUUAAGGACCGAGUGGAUCUUCUGGAUAAAGAGAUGAAGGAGGGAGAAGUUUCCAUGCUUCUCAAGAACGCCACGACUGCCGACACCGGAGUGUAUGAGUGUCGGGUCGUCCAGGCGGUGACAAUCCGUCAGAAGAGAGCCGUUAUGACCUUUGAGCCCAACAUGAUCAUCAAGCUGCGAGUUGUUGAAGAAGAUAAAAUCCAUGAAGCCGAUGACUACACCUGGGACAACCCAAGAAGAAACCAGGAUGAAGAAGAUGAAGACAAAGACAUUCAACAGUAUAUUGCCUUGUUACUCCCAGUUGCUGUCGUGAUGAUUCCUCUGCUGGCUUUAAUCACAUGCAAGUUCGUUAGAUCUUUUCUGAUGAGCUACAAGCCUGUCUCUAAGUGAUCUAUAAUGAUGAAGAACCUGGAGAAACUGCUAGCUGAGAAGCUUACUGAUGUCUGAGGAGUGGAAGGUCUUUGAUGGUGUCCUGGAGGUCAAGCUGCUCUGUAGGGUUCCUUGUUUCUUUUACUUGAUUUUAACAAUAUUAGAUGCAGUGAAAUGUGUUGCUUUCAGGGGUAAACAGGGUACAUCAGAACCAGCUCUAUCCCCAUCCUUCAAGGUGUUUCUCAGUUUUUUUUAAAAUUUGUUUUACUUUGUUAUGGGAAUGGGAACAGACGUCACACCGCUUUGCAUUCUUGGACUGUCUUGGUCUUACUGUCAGCUCUGCUACAUAGACAUCUGUAGGCAGCGGUCAGAAAGAGGGACAAAGGGACAGGAAAACAUUUCUGCCACCUAACCAACACUGCCCUUCUGUUAUUGCUGGGAUCCUCACUUCAGCACACUCCAGUUGUAGCUAGUCUGACCCUCAACAUGGUAUUGAGCUGCAGCAUGAUGUGAUCCCAUUCCCUAUUGGCGGUAUUCCUCAGGGUUCUUUGUGUGGUCCCCUGCUGUUUACCUUAGAUUUUCCUUCUUUGGGUAAUAAAUGAAGCAAGUAAUACGCAAACAAUUUCAGGUUUGCUUUUUUACUUGUAUUUUAACAUUGCUGUGCUGAUGGUAUUCAACCAUAUAUGUCUUUUAAGUCUGAUCAGAAUCAGCUUCAUUGAUCAAGAUUGUGUGCACAAACCAGAAAUAUGAUGUUGGUUUCACACACUUACAACAUCCAGACAUUAUUGUUAGAUUAAGUUCACAAAAAUCUUUUUGUUUUCGUGGUUAAAGUAAGUUGAACCAAAAUCUUUUUCUCAUGUUUACAGAAGUCCUAAAAGUUUUAUUUUUAUUGUAUAUGUUACCCAAUCACCUGUUUUCUAAGAUAGACAAAUUUCUAUUUAUUACCAAAAACAAUUCUGAAAUAAAAUAUGUGAAAUUUUCAUUUUUUUUAUUUAUACAAGAUCAUUUUUAUACUGAAAGGCAACCAAAAAAAGCCCCAAAUCUGAACAAAAUAUGUUAGUCUGCAUUUCCUAAAAAAUUUGUUCAUUUGUAAAAGAAAACCUUUCUUAUAAACUUUUAAGAGCCAGUCGAGAAAUCCUUUUUUUCAGUUUCUUCCAGUUUAAUUUUUCUGUCUUGUUUUGGUAUUUCUGCUUUCUGCCAUAAUACCAACCUUUUACUCGCUGCUGUCUUAUUGUAAUGAGUUAUAUGAUUCAGAGCCAUUUCCUUAUUCUCCAAAAUAAAAUCCAUUUGAUGGUUGAAACUACAUAUAAUGAAUAUAAUGUUCUUGAAAGUUUUGCUCUUAAAGUUUUUACUUUAUUUCAUUAUAUCUGCAGUUACUGGGAAAGAAACAGUCUAAGGAUAAAUGCAUUUCCUGCUUAUUAAGAGAAAAUGGUCAGAGUCCCCUUUUAAAAAGCCAAGAAAUAAAACCUAACAGCAAUAUUUGGCACAAUGACACAGAUUAAAUUAUUUAAAUGAAACAAAUGCAUGUCCAUGACUUACACCCUUUGUGGCAAACAGCAGUAGUACUACAACAAAGAUGAAAAAAAUAUCACCUUACUCAAAAUACAUAAAAGUACAAUUAUCUAAACUACAAACAUUGUUUAUUCAUCUUUUCUUCUGUUUUUAUUUAGUUCAUUUUAUUCUAAGUCAUAUUUACCGUAUUUUGAACCUGAGACUUCAAUUCCCAGAAUCCAACUCGUUAACCGCCUACUUGACCUGUACAGGUGUCAGUGGUUUUAUUUCAGUGCCUCUUGUGGCAGAAGGCAGUAUUGCAGAAACAAACGUUUCUCUUUCCUUUUCAAUACUUCUUCAUAUUCUGGUCUUUCUGUUUUCUAUUGAAACUCAUCUUGUUGUAAUCUGUUUUUAAAUCAGCUGUUUAAGCAUGAAUUAAACAUUGUUUGCAGAUAUUGUUCAUUAUAUCAGAAAUGUUGCCUAAAUCAUCCUAAAGAAGGGAAUUCUUGUCUCUGCUUUAACCCUUCGCUCUCUGACUCUCAUUGUUUGAGCUGAGCUCCUCUGAAGCGGCAGCAAUAAACUGGAGUCCGUCCUGGAGAACUCCACCUGCACUAUAGUCUAGAUUUCAUACAGAGGUUCUCCAUCAGGGACAAACUGAACGUUAUUUUGUUUUGGGUUCAGACGGCUGAAAGUUUUACCUUGUUCUUUAUGUUAAUGAAUGUGGUUACAUUGCAGUGGGCUUUAGUGGCUCUCAUUUCAGGUAUUUCUGAACUUUUAAAGGGUUGUUCCUAAACUUUGUGAGUUUUUCCCUUCCUGGAUUUAUGAAUUCGAUCCUUAAUUUGUUUGUGUCUUAUUUAUCUUGUUGGGUUUAUAGUUAGGUUUUUUUCUUACUUGUUUUUAUUGGUAAAAGCUUAUUUACAGUUUUUUAUGUGAUCCUGUAAAAGACUUUCAAAAUAAAAGCUUUUCUUGAUUCCUUGA